AUGAUUGCACCUUAUCACGAGUACUAUGUACCGAAGGUCAUUAAAGAAUUGACCACAAGCAGCGUACUGACUACAGAAUUAGUGCCAGGUGUACCAUUGGACAGGUGCUUCGAUUUAAGCUAUGAGCAUCGCCAUCACAUUGCUUCGUCUAUACUCAAGUUGUGCUUGCGUGAGCUGUUCGAGUUGGAAUGCAUGCAAACCGAUCCGAAUUGGUCGAAUUUCCUUUAUGAUGUUGAUACGAAGAGACUAAUGUUAAUUGAUUUUGGUUCAACGCGUUUUUAUCAAAAGCAAUUCAUACGUAAUUAUCGGCAGGUAAUAACGCACGCUGCAGAGAAUAAUCGUGAAGGUGUCUUGCGCAUGUCACGCGAAAUGGGUUUUCUCACAGGUUAUGAAACCAAGCAAAUGGAAGAGGCGCAUGUGGAUGCUGUUAUGAUACUUGGCGAAAUAUUUCGCUUUGAUGGUGAUUUUGAUUCCGGCCGGCAGAACACCACCGAACGCAUUGCACAUUUAGUACCCACAAUGGUCGCACAUCGCCUUUGUCCACCGCCAGAGGAAAUCUAUUCCAUACAUCGCAAAUUAUCUGGUAUAUUUUUGCUGUGCUCACGCCUAAAUGUACGACUUAAUUGUCGGCCGUACUAUGAUGAAAUUGUUAUUCAGAAGUUCAAGGAGUAA